GAUUGUUAUUUGAGUGUCGUAUAAUUGGAAUCGUGUUGAUUAAAAUUUACAACUGUUAGUUCGUUUUUAAUAUUACAAAACAAAAUGGUUGAGACAGAUGACGUUGAAAUAAUGGAAAUUGAUGAACCAACAAGUGAAUCAUCUAAAUGUAAUCAACAAAAAUCUUUGAAAUCCAAUGUGCCUUGGAUAGAAAAAUAUCGUCCACAAACAUUUAGUGAUAUUGUUGGAAAUGAAGAUACAGUACAGAGAUUAUCAGUAUUUGCGAAACAUGGCAAUUGUCCAAAUAUAAUUAUUGCAGGCCCACCUGGUGUGGGUAAAACCACAACGAUUCUUUGUUUCGCAAAAAUUCUGUUAGGUCCAUCAUUUAAAGAUGCUGUUUUAGAAUUGAAUGCUUCUAAUGAAAGAGGUAUUGAUGUUGUUAGAAAUAAAAUCAAGAUGUUUGCUCAAAAGAAGGUCAAUUUACCAGCAGGAAAACAUAAAAUUAUCAUAUUAGAUGAAGCUGAUAGUAUGACAGAUGGUGCACAACAGGCACUUCGUAGAACCAUGGAAAUAUAUAGCAGUACAACGAGAUUUGCAUUAGCUUGUAAUAAUAGUGAAAAAAUUAUUGAACCAAUUCAAUCUAGAUGUGCUAUGAUUCGAUAUGGAAAACUUACAGAUGCUGAAGUAUUAGCAAAAGUGCUGGAUAUUUGUAAAAAAGAAAAUGUCUCUUAUACAGAUGAUGGUUUGGAAGCUAUUAUAUUUACAUCUCAAGGUGAUAUGCGUCAAGCUCUCAAUAAUUUGCAGUCUACUGUUAAUGGUUUCAAUCAUGUCAAUAGUGAAAAUGUUUUCAAAGUGUGUGAUGAACCUCAUCCAUUACUUGUUCAAAAUAUGUUAGAGACAUGCACCCAAGGUGAUAUUAGCAAAGCAUAUGGAAUUCUAAAACAUUUGUGGGAUUUGGGUUACUCUCCUGAAGAUAUAAUAAUUAAUAUAUUUAGAGUGGCAAAAAAUUUAGACAUUGACGAAUCUUUAAAACUAGAAUUUAUUAAGAGUAUCGGCCUUACACACUUGGGAAUGGUCAAUGGAAUAAGCAGUCUUUUACAAUUGAACAGUCUUAUCGCAAAAUUAUGUCGUAUUGCAUUGGAUCGUAAGAAAACGUAGUGCGCGAUACACAUAUAAGAAAGAUAAAAAAGUUGUAUAUUUACAAAUCGCAAACUUAAAACUAAUCAAUGCAUAGAUGAGAUCGCUUCGUAAUUUAUACAUUUAUUUUGUAAUCUUGUAUGCUGAAUUAAAAACGAGCAUAUUUUUCAUACACUUGUUUAGUAUUUAACUUGCAUUUAAAACUUGUAAACGUUUUACUUUCAUUAUGAAUGAUAAUAUACGACAUG